AUGGGCAUUCCUGCUCGCACUUGGACCCGCGAACAGGUCGCCACCCGUAUUCUCGCAGGGGAGACUCUCGUCAUUCUUAAUGGCCAGGUCCUCCGAAUCCCGCAGUCAUGGCUCAAUGCACACCCCGGCGGUGUCCUCAGCAUCCUGCAUUUCGUCGGACGCGACGCAACGGACGAGAUCCACGCCUUCCAUUCGGACGAAACGCUCAAGAAGAUGAAGGGAUACGUGGUUGGCUCUCUGGAGACCGCAGGGAAACCUUGGGAGCCGCUUGUCCCCCCAAUUAUGAACGGCUGGGUCCGAAAAGUUGACAACGACGGACGGACAGAAUGGUUCAAGGAAGCCGUCGCAGUCAAGUCGUCGGAUUUAAACACCUCGGCGCCACCCUCUGAGAUUCUCCUUGUCCAAAAAGGCGACGUCUCUGGAAGCGGCCCUUCGCUUUCGACUUUGCAACCUCCUCCGACGUCUCUUUCUCCUAACCUCCAGGCGCAGCAUUCAGACGUAUACAAGGCCCUGCACAAACGCAUAGUGGAUGCCGGUCUGUACAAGACGCGCUUUAUCACUGGCUAUGGACCUGAAUUCGUUCGAUAUUCCCUCCUCGCACUGCUUUCCGCCUACACCUACUCUCGAGGAUGGUUGAUUCCUAGUGCCUUCUUCUUAGGUCUGUUAUGGCAGCAGCUUACUUUCUUCGCCCAUGAUCUCGGACACCUGGGCGUGACGCACAACUGGCUCUACGAUCGUCUCACUGCCAUAUUCGUCGCCGAUUUUAUUGGCGGACUGAGCAUCGGGUGGUGGGUCAACAAUCAUAAUGUGCAUCAUUUGGUUACAAAUCAUCCAUCUCACGACCCUGAUAUCCAGCAUAUACCAUUUUUCGCAAUUUCACCAGUUUUCCUCAAGUCACUGUGGUCAUCCUACUAUAAACGAGUCAUGUUCUUUGACUUCUUUGGAAAGCUCUUCAUAUCCAUCCAACAUAAGCUUUUCUACGUCGUCCUUUCUCUUGCGCGGUUCAAUCUCUACGUGCAAUCGUACUCUUACCUUGCGAAGACAGCUUUUGAGCCCAGACGCGCGAAGGGAGGUCGCUGGUGGUGGUGGCUUGAAGUAGUUGCCCUUGGCCUGUUUUACUGCUGGUAUCUCGCAGUGCUUCGAGGUUGCGGAUCGUGGCGCAACAUUCUGGCGUAUCUGCUCAUUAGCCAUAUCGUGGCUAGUCCUGUGCAUGUUCAGAUCGUGCUCUCACACUUUUCACGCUCUACAGAUGAUCUCGGUGUAACCGAAUCGUUCCUAGCGCGCCAGCUUCGCACUACCGUUGAUGUGAUUUGCUCGCCCUCGAUCGAGUUCAUUCACGGCGGCCUUCACCUUCAAGUUACGCACCACCUCUUUCCUCGUUUGCCACGACACAAUCUUCGGGAAGCCAGUUUAAUCGUCAAGGAUUACGCCAAGGAACAAGGACUGGAAUAUGCCGAAUUCGGAUUUGUGGAAGGUAACGCUGACGUUCGAGGUGUCCUGAAGUCGGUCGCUGAACAGGUCAAGAUUGUCGGUAUGGUUGCGGAUGCAGAAGUUAGGGAAGCGAUGGCAGGCUCAUGA